AUGAAUGUUCAAAAAAACGGUGAAUUGCCUAGUUAUACUCCUGAAUUGAAAUCCGAGGCGAGUUACAAACAAGCAACCAUUUCAGUACGAAAUGCCACUCAAAAAACCUUAGAUGUAUUUUGGAUUGAUUUUGAAGGAAAAUUAUUGCCAUAUGGUCAAGUGCAACCGAAUGAAACCUUUGCAUCAUUGAGUGCUGUUAACCAUGUCUUUGUGUUCAAAACUCAGGACGGAUCCUAUGAAAAGGUUGUGAAAGUAUCACUUAACAAACCUUUAGUAAUUUUGGAAGAACAAACAAUUUCGAUCUGUGCGCAAACCUUAGAUGAACCAACCGAGACCAGCUGUCACCCCAUCAUUGCUGCACAAAUAUCAGAGAGAACCGGAGCAAGAAAUAUGGCCUUCUCAUAUCCUGCAAGCGAUUCUCUCGUUCGAGAUAUUGAGUCUCAUCUUCGCAAAGAAGGAAAACGAUUUAUCGAUGAAGAUUUCCCUCCCCAACCUGAUUGGGUGCGUGCCUAUGACUUCUUUAAUGGAGAUGUCGCUAUUGUAAAGAAAGGAUUUUGUGCUACUUCGCCACGACAAGGAGGAGUUGGAGAUUGUUGGCUCAUUCAAUCCUUGUCUGGAGCUGCUAUUCGACCUCAAGAGGUCAAGAAGGCUUUUUGCUUGUGUGAAUCUAUUGACCCUCAGUUAGGUCUGUAUGCAGUCACGUUUCACUCUGAAGAUCCAGGAAAGAAGUACACCAUUCUUUUGGACGAUUAUUUUCCCAUGAAUAGUGAUUUUAUCUUUGCAAAAUCUGCUGCAAGAGGAGAGUUAUGGGUACCGCUCAUUGAGAAGGCCUUUGCUAAAAUGAUUGGAGGAUUUUUGGAUUUGGCUGCAUCGAAACAUUCAUUCAAUCCCUGUCACGUGUUGGUUGCGCUGUUGGGAGGCAAAGCAAAACAUUUUGAGUGGUAUUCUGGAGAGAACUCUGUUGGAAAAAAGCUAAUGAAGGAGAAUCAAUUUUGGCCUCUCCUCGAACGGCUACUUGACAGCGAAAAGAGUGCACCUGUGUGUACCAGUAAAGCAAUAAGCGGAGGAGACGGUACUGUCGAUUCGUUUGGCAUUGUUCAUUACCAUGGCUACAGUAUUUUAGGAUAUAGAAAAUUCCCUCAAUACAAUCUCAAUUUGAUUCAGAUCAGGAAUACAUGGGCCAAUACAGAAUGGGGAGGCAGCUUUGGUGACAAUUCUAAAGAAUGGCAGAAAUAUCCGCAGCUAGCAAAGAAUUGA